GGUCUGUCCGCCGACUCUCACUUGCAAGGUAAUCGAAUGCACUGAAAUUCGGAGCCUGGAUAUUGUGUGAGUUUGCUGGGAAGGUUAUGGCGACAUGUGCUUCGAGUGAGUUGUGAGUGGACUCCAAUAAGGAUUCUGAUUUUCACGCUUAAAUGUACCCUCCUGGCGUUAUAGAAAUGCGGUACUAAGUUUUUCCUGAGCGCAAAACUGCAACAGAACCGGGAGUGAGGUGGGAGGUGUGCAGGUUCGAGGCGAGAUUCGCCGAUGAAGUUAGCACUGCUAGCCGAGGUUUGGUAAAAUUCCACGGUGUGGAUUUUCUUUGCACAUGUGAUAGUCGUCUGACCUCUCGUGUGCACUGUGAACCCUUUCGUUGGUCGCUCAGUCGAAUUCUACACUGAGUUGCACCAUAUUGAAUGGAACUUUAUCGGGUAAGACACGUGCUUGAUCUUUGGAAGACUGUGCCGUGAGCACCACUGGAACAUAAUUAGGACUUCCGAGUUGCUGUAAUUCCAGACAAGCUGCGAAAAGACCGGAAAUUCGCCGAUCAAAUCCAUUCAUAUCGUGACCCAACCACCCGUAUACUCGACCUGAUAGUGUGGUGCCGUGUGACUGCUCACGCGCCGGCGUGUGGAGGGCUGGGCAGCCAGCGAACGGAGCACAGAAUAAUUCCAUAAUUCAUAUUGGCAAUUUGACCCUUCCUCCUUAACUUUAGCAAACUGUACACUUGUUAUUCCAUCGAAAAACACCUCAUCCGAGGCUUUCAAACUGAAACAGUUUGUCAUUGAUAGUUCUUUGUCAUGUGUAUGUGAGGCUACAAAUCUAUUCAAAGCAAAUCAUUUCCUGAUUCCAUACUUCCUGGGAAUGUGUGAUUUAGUUUCUGCUCACAAGAGUGACCAUUUGUGCUGAACUGAGCUUCAGGAAGCUGUAUGAGAGAUCUUUGUUUGUAUUCACGCAACUCAUAUAUUUCAUUUGCCUACACUUUUUCAAGCACUUUGUGAAGUUUAUAAAGAUCAGAGCCGAAAGCUGUGCUCUGGAAGUGAGGAGCUAAAAUGGCAGCAGAAGUUGCCAAGCAACCAAGCUACAGUAGUGUGGUUCAGGAUCAGUCAGAACCUGCCAAAGUUGUGGACACUCAUCCAAAAGUGUCCGCAGUGCGGCCAGACAUCAAUUCCACAGAAUCCAAAGAAAAUGUCAAACCUGUGGAACCGGAAAAGAGUGAUGCAGAGCAAAACAGGACAGAGGAGAAUGACACUGAUGUGGUGAAGCAUCAGUAUGUCGAAGCUCCCCCUCCCAAGGUAAACCCCUGGCACAGGAAUAACACAAAUGCCGUGACUGUGGAGCCCACGCCUCAGGAGAGCCCCCUUGCAAAACCCAAGGACGCAAAGACCAAAACCGCAGGCCUGUCAAACAGCACUCACGUAUCCAAUGUGAAAAAGGCCAGCAGUGAUACCAACAGGAGGCUGCCCCCAAAGACUGAGAAGGAGGAAAAACCAGAGAAGAAAUUCAUCAUCGAGGAAGCUCCACCGCCAAAAGUUAACGCUUGGACGAAAAACAAGGUGGUCGGUGCCACGACCACAGCUGCCACUGUGAGCAGUCCAGCCCCAAGGACUUUGAAAGCCGAGGCAUCGGCAUCUGCGAUCGCAUCUGCAGUACCCCCAGCGCCACCUGUUCCCCCGGUCAUAUCGCAGAAAGACCAAAAGAAUGCAAAACCCACAACACAGCCUGAGCAACAACCUGUGACGCACCUCCCUGCAGCUGUCAAACCUAACACACAAUCCAAAGAUGAAACUGGUAACUUUUCCAAAGCGACGGUGGUGAAAGCUUCAAAUGACAAGAACACAGUGGCGAGCGACUUCAAUGAUCUCACCAGCUGGCCUUCCUUGGGUGGCGGUCCACAAGCCAAGCGAGAGAUGCCUGUAUCUCCAAGGGCAAAGGAGUCCACCAAAAGUGAUCCCUCCCCUAAAAAGGACAGCCCCGCAGCCAAGAAAGAGCCUCCCCAAAAGAAGGAGACGGCUGCCUCCGCCAAGGGCCGAGACAGCAAGAAAUCCCCCGCCCAGGAGGCACGGGCUGCCAGAACACCAAAGGAGGACAACAAGCCAGUGGCAGCGUUUUCCAAGGCCUCUGAGUCACGGUCAUCAGAGAAACGGGACAAGGACAAGGACAAGAAGAAAGACAAAAAGCCCAAGUGGAUCCCUCUACCGCUGGACCCGCCAGAGCCCCGCAGCAAAGGCCGGGACAGAGAGCGAGACCGGGACCGGGACAGGGAACCCAGGCACGGACCGGCCCGUAGCGGCAGGGACAGGGAGGGUGGCGGCCAGGAGGGGGCCCUGCCUCAUCGGGACCGACGGGACACCCGGGAGAAGAGAGAGAGCAGGGAGUCAACAGACUCGCCCAGGCACGUCAAGGAAACCAGCAGCAAAGGGACGACCCCGGGCUCCUGGCAUGAAGAACGCAGUCAAAGCCCCAGUGCCUCCAGCACCGACAGUCGGAGCUGGUCCCGCGGUGCCUACCGGGGUCGGGGCAGGGGCAGAGGUCGUGGCCGAGGUCGCGGCCGCGGCGGGUACUUCCGUGCCGCUGAGUCAUGGCCCAGCACAGCAGUAGAACCUGUUACGGAUCCGACCUUCAUACCACCCCAGGCGUACUUUGAGCCUGGGAAGUUUGACACACCAUUUAUGACCUUCCCUCCUUACCCGUAUGAUGGCUCGUUGUACUCAGCAGGACCCAUGCCCCUGGAGCCUGACCAGGGAACGCUACGCGACUACGUCAAGAAACAGAUUGAAUACUAUUUCAGUGUCGAGAAUCUUGUGAAGGAUCUCUUUCUAAGGAGAAAGAUGGACUCGGAGGGAUACCUGCCCGUAAGCCUUAUUGCCAGCUUCCAUCGAGUACAGACACUAACGGCAGAAAGCCAGAUUAUUGUUGAGGCACUGACAGACAGCGAGGAGGUUGAGCUCUCGCCUGACCGGACCAAAAUCCGUCGGCGCGAUGAUCCCAAGCAGUGGAUCAUCACAGGCCCCUCCAUCCCUACAGCUGCCACCUCGGUACUGUCGUACGACAGUCCCGAGUUCGUCCCCGGCCAGCCCUACCCCUACGUGGCUCACGACACAGAAUCAGCACCCACGUCCCCCACCCCUGCUCCCACUUCCAAGGAAGCAGAAGAUGAACCGGUCAGUGACAGUGAGACCAAACCCACGCCGGAGCGCAAGGACAGCAGCAGCGGGGGUAUAGGGGUCAGCAUGACCCCCGGCCUGUCCACUAGCCUACCGGAGAAGGAGUCGGCAAUCUGGACCGAGGUCCGCCGGCGACACCGCAGUCCGGCUGCUCCAAAGACAAAGACGUCUGCUGCACCUGAGCAGGACUCGGAGGUCUUUGAUGGACCGGAAGAACUUGACUUCCAAUUUGAUGAGGAACUCACUAACAUCACUGGCAGUGGAAGAAAGAAUACCUUCUCGGAAUGGUCUGAUGAUUCUGAUGACGAGCUGACUGACCACGAAGUCAGCAAGAUCAUCAUUGUGACCCAGACACCACCCUGCUACAAGAAGCACCCGGGCGGUGACCGGACCGGGUACCACGUCUCCCGGGCCAAGAUGACCAGCGACCUGGCCAAGAUCAUCAACGACGGACUCUACUACUACGAGAUGGACCUGUGGACCGAGGACGACUUGCAGAAGAAUGAAUACAUGUACAAGAAGAUCAACACCAUCAGCCAAGAGCAUUUCUCCACCCUUACCCCCACCGCGCCUUAUGAGGAGCAGGAGGUGCCCCCGGCCCCACCCCCGGCCCCACCCAAAGAGGAGAAGGAGGCGGGCGAGGGCAAGAAGGAGCCGGAUGUCAGACCCAAGGACAUCCCCAACAGAGGUAUCCCAGCAGCAGCCACCAAGUUGGACAGGCCGAUCUCCCAGUCACUCCCCACGGCCGUGCCCCAGGGUCCCCAUCGGCGGGAGCCAGUACGGCCCAUGGGCUCCCGCACCCCGCGGUCAAAGGACGCCCAGAGCUCCCCCAGGUUCUACCCUGUCAUCAAGGAUCAGAAGCCGAUUGAUAACAAAACACCAAGGAAACGCAAGACGAAACACAGUGACAAUCCACCAGUGGAGAGCCACGUUGGCUGGGUCAUGGACUCCAGGGAACACCCCAGCAGAUCCAGGAACGCAUCCGUUGGGUCACCCUCUGAGGGCAGCGUUGUCAGCACUAGCUAUGGCACUCCACAGCCCAUACCCAAGUUUGAGCACCCUUCGCAUGAGCUCCUGAAGGAUAAUAAUUUCACCCAGCACGGCUACCACAAGUACCAUCAUAAAUGCCUGAAAGAUCGCAAGAAGCUAGGCAUCGGCAAAUCACAGGAGAUGAACACCCUCUUCCGCUUCUGGUCCUUCUUCCUGCGCACCAACUUCAACCGCAAGAUGUACGAGGAGUUCCGGCAGCUGGCGGUGGAGGACAGCCGGCACGGCUACCGCUACGGCCUCGAGUGCCUCUUCCGCUUCUACAGCUACGGCCUGGAGAAGAAAUUCCGGCCGGACAUCUUCCGGGACUUCAUGCUGGAGACCAAGAAUGACCACAGCUCCGGUCAGCUGUAUGGUCUGGAAAAAUUCUGGGCGUUCUUGAAGUACACUCGUAAGAAGAAUCUGGAGAUUGACCCGGAGCUGAAGGAGACACUGCAGAACUACAAGACGUUGGAAGACUUCCGAGUAGUGCCCCCGAUUGAAGAGACGAAUCCCAGCGAGGGCGCUACUGGAGGUGCUGAACCAGACGAAGCUGACGCGUCCACAGCGAGCAAGAGGCCAAGGCAGGAGGGCCAGUCAUCGGAAUCCCAAAUCCCAGCCGCAAUGGAAAACCCAACCCCGGAGGGUGCCGUAGGAGGCCAGGAGGACUCGUGAGGGCAAAGGGGAGUGGGGCUUAGGGAGUCGGAAGGCCCUGGGAGCAGGGGGGGAUUUAAGGGGGUUGGGGGCAGUGUGGGGUUGGUGCUUGUAAUCUGGGGGCUGGGGUCGGAGUUGAAGGCUGAUGUCUCAGAAACUUAAGGAGCGGCAACCUUCAGUACGUGAGAUGCCGUGCGGGAUGAAUCUCGGUAAAUGAGGGAGGUUGAAUGCUUCAUUUACAUCAGCCUCUGCUGUGCUGAUGCACAUAGACUUUGGUGUGUUCAAGAUCUCUGAUAGGCUGGACAUAGGGGGACAUGGGUUUGCUCUGUCCGUAGGAAGUGUCGCUAAUACUGCCCUGCGAUGUGGCACAGGGUACGUACUUUCUUUGAUCGGCCCGACAUAUUCACUUUUCAGACACACUCUCUGUUCUGCAUAGCCUAGUCCCCCAUUCCCUUUGACAUGUAGUCGUCCGGUUGAAGAAGCCGUCAUUGGUCUCACAGAACUGUAGGAUUCCUUGAUCCUCAGACCCCCCCCCCCGUGCCUUUGCUGGGGAAAGACAAGCCCGUCCGUCCCUGCAAAUGAUUCGAGUUCCCACAAACCGUGUGUGGAAACGUCAGUGGCAGACCUGCAGGGAUGUGUCAUUCACUUCUGUGGAGGAGUGUCAGAGCAGUAUUGUGCCUGUCGAUAAUAAGGGGCAGGAUGGUUGACAUGAAACAGGCGAAGUGACAGUCAUUUUCCCACAUUGUGUAGUUCAUUUAUAGCACAAAGCUGAGUGAUUUUUUGUUUAGCAAUUAUAUAUAUUUUGUUAGCAAAGCAAUUUUAAUGAUGUUCAGGCCUUUUUUUUGGGGGGGGGAUUAUUCAGUUGGAGUCCAGACUAUGGUCCUAAAAUCCCAAAUAUGAAAAUUGAAGUCACCUAUUGGAAGCUAAGCCCAAUCAUUAUGGGGCCAUUUGUAAAGCAGAGUCAUUGAUCUAAUUUGAUGAAUUAUAUGUUUUGACAAACAAAAUUUAAAAGAACAGAUUAGAAAGAAAAUCUACUGAAACAAAAGUAAUUAUUGAUAGUUAAACAGAAUCAUUUAAAAUCUGAAAGAAUCACAAAUCUUAUAAUUUGAAUUAUUUACAUAGAUUUGUGCAGGAAAUAGCAAAUUAUCUUUGGUUUAUGUAUUGUUUUGUUUAGAUUGUAUUCUUAAUUCCAAGAUUGUAUGAAAGGUAUUCAGUUGUUACCUUUUCCCAAAUUAAAAUUUUGGGCAAACGAUAUAGACCCCCAAAUACUCAGUCUAAACCCGAUUACCAAGAGAAGGCAAUGGGCCUUGAUUUUUUUUUUUUUAUUUGUAAUACUUUCAAGCAACUUUCUAUGUGAGGAGUUGACUGUUCAAAAGGAUUGAAGUACAACGGACAGUGCCAGAAGUCUGUGAUGGGUUCAUGUCAAAUGGGAUGGAGGUUGUUGGUGGUCGGCCAUUUUUAGGGUUCACGGAAAUUGAGUCUCUGACCAGUUUCACAGUGACAAUCGAAAUGUAGGGGAGUGGCUGGGUAUCAGGCUCGCCGUUCGUGAUCUGUGAUUGGUUCUUUUAUCCAGACCUCUGUCUGCACUUGCUGGAAAUCAACAGUUGGCUUGAUAAGCAUGUUGAGUGCCGAUAGCUAGACAUUAUUGCCUGUGGCAUGUUUGUGUUCAAAAUCUCUCUCUCUGUAGUACAUCUCUCCAUGAAGUGCCCGUCUUCACAUUGGUACCGUGUGAUAAACAAGAUUUGCAACAAUAUUCAUCUGUUGAGCCCGCAUGCAUGUAUGUUCUUUUGCAGUUAUAGCUGCCAAAAAAGUUCAUCAUGGUCCCAUUUCCGGCUUUUACAUGUUAUUUUGUGAAUCUAGUGUGGGACCCGGCUGACUGGCUACUUUGCACCUCUCUUUGAGUGAAUCCCAGACCAGGAGUCGGCGAAGGGCUCCACGGUGCCGUGCAUGGUUUAGAAGCUACCAGCAGGUGUGGUGAAUUGUCAGCCCUCUCUCAGAUUUCAGGCGGUGAUUAGCAAGAAGUUCCAAGCGUGGAUGAAUGGUUUGUCCUCGGAUGCAACACUGGUCAUGCUUCACGAGUCCAUUGGUCACAUUGAAUCGCAUGUGCCACACGGAGAUGGCCGCUGGAGGGUGUGAAUAAUCUUCAGUUCAUUUGGAAAUUUCCUUCAGUACCAGCGGCAGCACAGUAACGUUUGCAGACCAAGUCCUUUGUUUGCGGAUUGAGACGUCAAAUAUUUAUGAAUAUUUAUUCACCUUCUGAGUAUCCUUGUUCAAAUUAUGUUACCCUUAUGUAUUGUACAUGAGAUGAGAAAUAAGGUUUUAUCCAGACUCCCUCAUUUUUGAAAUACUUUGGUACUGUUUUAAGUGCUUGAGUGCUUGAGUAUGGAAUCUUUGUGGAUUGUUCUGGAAAGAUAUUCACACCAAGCUGUUUGCAAGUUAACAAAAAUGUAUAUCAACCGCACUUGUAGAUCAGUGCAACUAGACCGUGUUCAUACUCUUGCUAGAGAUAGUUAAAUGUUUGCUUUUUUCCCCUUGUAUGGAUAUUUCAGAAUUCUCAUUUUAGUUUAACAUUCUUUAAUUUGUAAAUAAGCGUAAACACCAUUGCUGCUGAACAACACAGAGUCCGGGUUGGAAAGAUCGUCCAUAAUUGCUUCUAAAGAGUAACUCGCGCUGCACGUGUGUGCCUUCAUCUUGAGCAUGACAUUAAACUUAAUCCACUGUGACUGGUAUUGUAAUUUCAGCUGUUUUGAUGAGAUGUUUUUCCAAUAUUUCAAAUUGAUCCAGUCAUGUUGCUCCUGUCGGCAAUGUCCUUGGUCUGGCUUGAUUUUUUUUUGGAGGUGGUUGUCUGUACGUUAGUAUGCAAAGUAUGCAAAUUCAGAUUUUAUUUCAUUGUGAAUUUGUAAAUAUUAACCAAGAUGAAUGGCACGCUUUUCUUGCUCUUAAUCUCUUCUGGGAAAACUAUUUUAUUUUUUGAAGUAAACAUAAUUUUCUUCAAAAUCCUCUUCACAUUAAUAGUUUGAGCUUUGGGAUUGAUUGAUUUAUUGAUAACUGUUGCUUUGCAUUGGCUGAUUAGUUUCAUUGGAAGUAUUUAAAAAUAAAAGUGUUAAAAAAACAAAUGUAAACGCGUUACGAAAAGAAAGGGUAAUAGAAAAACAAAGAAAAAAAAAAGCAAAAAAAAUACAAAGGACAAAAAGGAAUCGAAAAAAAGGUGCUUUGUAUAUUUUUGGGCACAUACUGCUAAAAAGAUUUUGCAUUUCCAUCAAGAACUGUUUCUGCUCUGUUAAUUUUUGGAGUAACCUUGUUCACUUAUUUAAACAGAGGUGGUAUCUCUUUAUCAAAUGUGGCUUUGAACAAUUAUUUUUUCUCCUUGAAGAAAUCUGCAUAAGAUUACACAGGUUGAGUUUUAAUGACUUGUUAGCUGAGGUUUGGAGGUCAAAGGUCGAGAGACAGUAAAGUAAACCGAGAGCAAGUAUUAAUGAAUAGUCUGGGUAUUUAAGAAAAGAAAGUUUCAAAUUGUACCAUAUCGAAGAGUAAGACAGGUGUACUAAGUCACUCUUUUUGAGAGUUCAAAGUGUUACAUGCUCAAGGAUACAUGUAUCCCAGUGUCUUCUGAGAAAGAUUUGAGUCAGUGCGAGUUGUGGAAAUGGGAAACGCCCAGCUUUCAUCAGGUUGUCCAGACCUCUGUCUGCACUUGCUGGAAAUCAACAGUGGCUUGAUAAGCAUGUUGAGUGCUGAUAGCAAGACGUUAUUGCCUGUGGCAUGAUUGUGUUCAAAAUCUCUCUCUCUGUAGUACAUCUCUCCAUGAAGUGCCCGUCUUCACAUCGGUACCGUGUGAUAAACAAGAUUUGCAACAAUAUUCAUCUGUUGAGCCCGCAUGCAUGUAUGUUCUUUUGCAGUUAUAGCUGCCAAAAAAUUCAUCAUGGUCCCAUUGCCGGCCUUUAUAUGUUAUUUUGUGAAUUUGGAGCGUGAUCCCUGGUUAUAUGGUAAUUCAGUUUGUAUCUGGUUCAUGUGACGUCGCUUUAGUUCAAACCACGCCCACUGUCUUUUUCAGCCAAAUUCUUGAUUUAAGCUGUGUUGGUGAUGUUGAACAAAACAGAAAUUGGACCGAAGGGAAUUUCUGCAUUAUACUCAAUGAGUCUAAUCUUCAGCAAAAUUUCUGUUGUGCUGUGAAAUCACCAUUGGCAGUAGAAGGCUGUUUUGUUUGUGUGAGAUUUGGCCCUUUAUCCUUAGAGAACGAGAGAUACCCCCUGCACGUUUACACUGGUUUUCAGGUUUUUGCCCAGAAAUUAAAAAUGCACGGUACAAAUGCACAUCUAUUACUUUGCUUAGGCGGUUUAGCAGUAUUUAUGAGUAGUAUUGAUCAGUCUAGCCCUUUUUAGCUACAAACUAAAGCCACGGUCAUUCAAAGUUGUCAAGACCCGGCAGCUAUGCUGACUCGCACAAAGUCAGAGACAUGUAUUUGCCAGUAUCACAGUGCUGAAUAUGUCCAUCCUCCAAAUCGUGCUGCAAGUAGGUGGUGGGCGGUAGCCAUAGUCAAAACUGGUUUUGCUUUGAAAUUUUGGGGGGCCAGGCUGAACCGUCCCAGUAUGUGUAUCGUGUGCACCAUUUCUAUGUUGAUGAAAAUGUAAUUUUCAAUCACUUUUUUUUUUUAAUUUGUUGUUUAAAAACCACUUUGGUUCGUAAUGCUCUAAUUUUGGGUGUAAUGGAUCUUGAAAGAAAAGGGUUUAAGACCAUGGUUGUAAUUACCAUCUGAAAAGAAGACAUAUCUAUAGUAAUGUAUAUAAUAUAGGGCAGCAGUACAAUAGGCAACAAAAUUUGAUCUUCAUUUUUCUCAUUUUAAGUCCUUAGAACAGUAGCAUUUUUGUUUCUUUUUUGGUGUUAUCUGCAGUGACAUGUAUCCUAAGGCUCUUGAGAUUUUUAGUAAUAUUAUUUUAAAAGAGAUUGUGUUGAUAAUGGAUUUGCGAUAACAAAGAUUGGAUUGGAUUUGUUCCCAUCUUACCUUUUUUUCCUCUGUACAAAUUUAAUUGGAACAUUAGUUGACCCGAAAAUGGAGAAUUUAACAAGCCCAAGAUUACUGUGUAUGUCAAUCAUUCACUAGCAAGUGUAAUAAACAUUAAUAUUGAUGAAUCAA